UUAAAAAAGAUAAUAAUGGCGGACGUAUUGUAAAGUGACGCAAACGUAACGUCCUACGGCAUGCGUUUUAUUAAUAUUUUCAGAGUUCAAGUUGUGUUAAAUCGUUUUUUAACGUCAUUAGUGAACACAUGACCAUUUAGAGAGUUGUCGGCAGUACACCCGAACAAUGGCGCGCGAGUUUGAUCAUCUUUUUAAACUGCUGAUUAUCGGUGACAGUGGUGUGGGUAAGAGCUGUUUGCUCCUGCGGUUCGCCGACAACACGUUUUCGGGUAGCUACAUUACGACGAUAGGCGUCGAUUUCAAAAUAAGAACCCUAGAAAUUAACGGAGAGCGAGUGAAGCUGCAGAUAUGGGACACUGCAGGACAGGAGAGGUUCAGGACGAUAACCAGCACAUAUUAUCGGGGCACUCACGGCGUCAUCGUUGUGUACGAUGUCACCAACGGAGAGUCCUUCGCGAACGUCAAACGGUGGCUACAUGAGAUCGAACAGAAUUGUGAUGUAGUGAACAAAGUUUUAGUUGGAAACAAGAAUGAUUGUCCAUCUCGGAAAGUGGUGGUCACGGAGGACGCGCAGAGGUUCGCCAGCCAGAUGAACAUACCCCUGUUCGAGACUAGUGCAAAAGAGAAUAUCAAUGUGGAGGAGAUGUUUCUCACUAUCACAAAAAUGGUACUAAGAUCAAAGUUGGAAAUGAAAGAGAGACAAAACGUCACAUCAAACGACACAGUCAACUUGAAGAAUAGCCGCAGCAAAAACAAGAAGAAGUGUUGCUAGUGGUGAAAUAGGGCACAGUGCCGGACACUUACGCUAUGCUCAAAUACUGUGUUGCACAACCCAGAACCACGGACCAUGCAAGUGUUACAUUAGUGUCAGAAUAUUUUCCUAUUCGGAAUACAUGUCAUACUGUCCAGUUACUGGUGCUAGGAAUACUGAAAUGCAUCUGUUUAUCCUUUUUCAGUUGUUGAAAAUGGUAAGCUGUGUUCUUGUAGACUUGAUUGGGCAGUUUGGACGUCAUGAAGGGUAAUUUAGAAAUAUGUAAUGCAUUUUAAUGCAUGUUAUAUAAUGUUGAUCUCUAUAUGAAAUUUUGUCGCAAUUGAGAAGGUUCUUAUGGGAAUAUGGCCUGCAGACAGCACAAUAGUAUCAUUAUUAGACAGUUUUAAUUGUCACACAUUUACAUGAUUUUUUUUAUUUUUAUGAAUGGGCUUACUCUUGACCACAGACUAGCCAAAGGCAAAGACGUGGCCUACGAUGGAGUGAGCUCGCUCAGAACAUAAAGUAUCAUUUAAAAUUUGUACAACUAGAACAAUAUGUAUAUAAAAAAAAUAAAAUUGGAGAGGGCCCUUAAGUUCUGAAAUGAUUCCAUAGACAAGAUUUAUAUUACAUUGGUACAUCAUAUUGUAGUCUUAUGAAGCAUGAAAGGCACAAAUGCAAAAACUAUCGAUGUUAGUAGAUUUAUUGCCUACAGCAUGAAAUAUUAACUGUAUAAAAUCUAAAUAAAUUAUAUGAACACUAUGCAACAAUCUUAAUAAAUGGUUGUUUAUUAUGCUGGGUUGACACACUGCAAGAGGAGCAAGCAUAUAUAUGGAAAUAUUGACUCCAAAAAUUACAUUAGGCUAUUAUGAAUGCAUAGGUGUGUUUGUACUCCCAAUAUCUUAAUGUGGUGGAGUGUGUAUGAUAUGGAAAUGUUGCAUAGAAUAUAUAAAUGUAUACCAUUAAUUUAAUUUUUACUAAGGUCUAUUUUGAGGGCAGGCAUUGUUUGGUUUCAUCAAUUCUUCACAUGAUAUUUUCAUGGCUCAGUCACUUUUCAAUAUUCAAAAUGAUAUGUACGUGAAUUUUGGCCUAUGUUAAAACAUUAGCAUCAAUUUUAGUAAUAUAGUACCUAUAAUUUGAUGACCUUUAUAUUAAAAUAAACUAUAUGAUAAGCAGGAAAUUUAAAAUGACUGAUUCUAAAUGUGCAGGUAAUACCAAAGGUGUGGCUUUCCUAGCCAACCUUACGUUACAGAAAACCGCGAACUGUGAUUGGGCCAUAUCGGAACGAAUAAGGAUAAUUUUAAAGUAAAAACAAUUGGAAAAUGUAUUAUUAUGAUUAUUUAAGUGUUGGUACGGAAUGACCAAUUUUAUGGGCUAUGUAAAAGGAAGAUGCAACUUAAGACUUUAAAAAGUUACUUUUUACUCAUGGCUGACACGGCACAGAUUGGUGAUCGCAUUUUAAAAUAUGUUUUAUUUUUCUUUGUCAAUACGUCAUAUAUUUUAAUAUUUACAUAUCACUGUAAAUAUUGGCUAAAAUAUGAUUAAUGCCAAAUUUUUCGUAUUUUGGUGGUUGACAACUGUUAGUUGUUCAUAAGUAAUGAUUAUUUGGAAUACUCACUGAGCUAAUGUGCUCUGUCAACUAAAUGCAAUUUAAGAUAAUAUAACAAGUGCAGUAAAGAACGAAAUAUAAAACUGAAUGUCAUUGUCAUGCAUACAAAUAUAACUAGAUAACUUUUCGAGAUAAUAC